AUGGGGGGGCAGCCGUCGAUACGAUGGUCCGAGGACGGAGAGGGCUUAUUUCACAUGGGCGAGCAUAUCAGCGUCGAGGAUUUCACCCGCACACUGCGCGAUGAGGUGACCGAGGCAGAGAAGCUACUGGAUAAGCUGUUCGGGGGGGUGUGGCAGCCGGUCAGUGAGAAGAUCGAUAUGGGGCGGAUCAUCGAUAAUAUGAUACGGCUCGGGGCAGGUCAGUCAUUCGCAAGCAACCCGAAGAACAACUGGCUCGAGCCCGGGCCGGCAAAGGUGAUGCGGCUGAUGGAAGCAUCGAUAUGGGAUGCUGCAAGGGCCCGAUGGAAGCGACAGCGUAUCAAGAAGUGGCUUCGAGACUUGCGGCUGCUGCGGGAGACGCUGCUCGUGCUCGUACAUACGUGGGGUGGGCUCCCGGGAAGGGGACCGGAAAUCACGACGCUGCGGCACUGCGAUUCGUGGCAGCUGAUCCGGAAUAUAUUCAUAAUGGACGGGCAUGUCAUGAUCGUGACCGACCGAGACAAGAUGAAGGCAAUCCGUGACAACGGCCGGAAGGUAGCACGGUUUGUCCCCGACCGGAUUGGGCGGAUGAUUGUGGCAUAUAUCGCAUGGCUGCUUCCGACCGAGAGGGUACUGCGGCGGGAGUGUCAGCUUGCCGAGCCGCGUGGAGAGCAGCUCGAGUAUAUGUGGAGGGAUGGCAGCUCGCCGGUAUGGGAAACCGACCGGCUUAGCAGGAAGCUUGCUCGCAUCAUGCAGGCCGGGACGGGGGUCAGGUUAGGGGUGGGACGAUAUCGGGCGAUCGCGAUCGAGAUGGGGCGGAGGAUUCGAGGGCUUGUGAUGAAGCAGCUAGAAGGUAAGAUGGAUGAUGAGGAUGAGGAUGAUAACGUCGAGAUCGAUCCGAUCACAGGUGAGCCGGUUGACUGUGGAGGAAGCUGGAAUAUCGUGUGGGAUUUGCAGUCGACGCACGGAACACGGAUUGCGAGGCAGCACUAUGCCGUACAUAUCGGCUUCCCGGGUAAGCUGCAACCGGAGAUGAUCGCGACAUUCAAGGAGAUCAGCAGGCUGUGGCAUCAGUAUUUAGAGGGAAGCAGUGCAGAGGGAGAGGGGGAUAUAGAGAAGACGGCGGUGAAGCGUAAGCGGGAUAGUCAAGUGACGGGGCAGCAACAGCAGCAAAGGGCUAAUAGUUCAAACCGAGCAACUAGCCGCAAGCGGAGAAAGACGAAUAAGGAGGGAGAGGCGGCUCAGAAGAGGAAGAUAAUAGAGGACGAGAUGACGGAUGGGCUGCGAAGGCUGCUUGGACCGAAGGCGACUUGGCGAUCCGACAAGCAGGCUGAGUGCAUGCGAUCGAUCAUGGCACUCAAAGCAGAUCAGACGGCGAUCAAUGUGCUACCGACCGGGGCUGGCAAGAGCAUAUUAUUCAUGCUGCCGGCCGUGAUGCAGGAUACAGGCACAAGCAUCGUGGUCGUGCCGUUUGUUGCACUGAUGGAUGACUUGGUGGCAAGAGCAACAGAUAUGGGGGUCGACUGCAUCCGAUAUAGGUCAUCGAUGAAUUCGGGACGAGAGGGCAUGCCGCGGGCUGCACGCUUGAUCGUCGUCAGUGCCGAUAUUGUGUCAAGCGCCGAGUUUUCCGGGUACGUUGACGGGCUGUCGUGUACAGGGCUGCUGCAGCGGAUAUUCGUCGAUGAAUGUCAUACUGUGAUCAUGGAUAUCGGCUACCGGGCUAAGCUUGGCGAGCUAAUUGGGCUACGUCGGUUUGGCUGCCCGUUAGUACUGCUCACAGCAACGCUGCCCGUCGUGCUGGAGGAUUGGUUCCGUGGUGAGAUGCUAGCGAAGUCAGCGGUCAUGGUGCGGGAUCGGACGGUCAAGCCGAACUGCCGCUAUGAGGUUCAGCAAGUCAAGCCCGGGCGUGAUGCUGUUGAGGAUCGCACGGUCGAGGUGAUCAAACAGCUAGACAGAGAUAUGACGGGUUGUCAGAAGGGGGUCAUAUACUGCCGGUCAAAGAGUCAGUGUGAAGCGAUAGCUGACGAGAUCGGCUGCGGGUUUCAUCACAGCGGCAUGAGCGAAAAGGACCGUCACGAGGCACGGACGGCAUGGAUAGAGGGCAGACACACAAGCCGUUGGAUUGCAGCAACAACAGGGUUAGGGACAGGUAUUGAUAUCGAGGGGAUUGUGGCCGUGGUUCAUAUGGAGAAGCCGUAUGGGCUCGUUGAUUUUGUGCAGCAGACUGGGCGAGGAGGGCGGCGGGCAGGCGAGGUGGUCCGGUCAAUCAUCGUACACGACGGACGGCGGCAACGAGAGGAUCAGCAUCGAAGCUUUGUAGAUGAUAUCAAUCAGGCACAGAUGGAGGCAUUCAUAUCGACGCCGGGAUGCCGAAGGGCUGUCGUUUCGGUGUUUAUGGACGGAGCAGCCGGCGAAACGUGUAAGGAUGUGGAUGGGGCUGCACUUUGUGAUCGAUGUGAGCUGCUCCAGCAGGAUAAUAACAGUGAUGAGGGUGCGGGCAGGGCCGAGGAGGUGAUUGAAGGAGAGAGUGAGAGUGAUGGAGAGAGUGAGGGAGAGAGUGAGGGAGAGAGUGAGGGAGAGAGUGAGGGAGAGAGUGAGGGAGAGAGUGAGGGAGAGAUUGAGGGAGAGGGUGAAGGAGAGGGCGAGGGUGAGGGUUAUGACACGAGAAAAGGCGGGAGGAUUUGGAAGGCAUUUGGCAAGGAAGAGGGUAUGCGGAUCAGAAUGCUUUUCCGAUGGCUAGAGGAUGUUGCAGAUGAGUGUCCGUAUGCAAAAUAG